AGUGAUUUGCUGGGAUGGUUCCUAGAACUCAUCAAGGCCCUGUUAACUAUUACCUGCUUAGUAUAAAAGAUACAACUGAGAACAGCCAAGUGGAAGAGAACACAUGGUAUCUGGGCUCAGCACCUCAGGGUGUUUACCCCUUGGGAGCUCUUUGAAGCCCAUCAUCAUUGAUCAAGCCAUAGGCCACUGAUGAAUAAAUCAAUGUCUGCCCCUUUCUGUUGGAGGUCAGGAUGGAGCUGAAAGUUCUAACCCUUCCAUCCUGCCUUGGUCUUUCUGGUUAUCAGCUAGCCCCAUCAAGCAGCCUUCCAUGGGCUUCUAGCUGUCCAUCAUCUCAGCAUACAAGGCACUCUUCACCUCUGAGAGCCCCAGGAUCCAGAUGCCCUCAGACCAUGGAUCCACAGGAAAGAGUGUCAGUAGAGGGAAGUCCUAUGCUGUCUGGGGAUCUGAUUCCAAAUGCUUCCACUCUGCAGUGCCAUUUGUGUGACAAGACAUUCAUGAAUGCCACCUUCCUCCGGGGUCACAUCCAGCGCCGGCAUGCAGGCAUGGCAGAAGGCGGAAAACCGAAGCAGGAACAGCCCUUGGAGGAGGUGUUGGAGGACCUGCAGGCCAAGCUAAAGUGGACCCAAGGGGAGCUGGAAGCCCAGAGGGAGGCUGAGAGGCAGCGGCAGCUCCAGGAAGUGGAGAUCACUCGUCAGAGGGAAAUAGAAGCUAAGAAAAAAUUUGACGAAUGGAAAGAAAAGGAACAGAGCAAGCUUUAUGGGGAAAUAGACAAGUUAAAACAGUUAUUUUGGGAUGAAUUUAAAACCGUUGCCAACCAGAAUUCUACACUAGAAGAGAAGCUGAAGGUGCUGCAAUCCCACAGUGUGACUGAGUCCCACCUUGGAACGCUGCGGGAUGAAGAGUCAGAGGAGCGACUCAAGCAGGCACAGGAGCUCCAGGCCCUGCGAGAGAAGAUGGAGGUUCAGAAGACAGAGUGGAAGAGAAAAAUGAAGGAACUGCAGGCAGAGUGGGCAGCUGAGAGGAGAGAGCUACAGGAAAAGAAUGAGAGGCUACAUGCCUCCCUGUCUCAGGAUCAGAAGAAAGCAGCUGCUCAGUCUCAGCGCCAUAUCAGUGUCCUCCGUGCCCAAUUGCAGGAACAAGCCAGACUCAUCGCUUCCCGGGAGGAGAUGAUUCAGACUUUGUCUCUCAGGAAGGUGGAGGAAGUAAAAGAAAUGCCAAAGGCUGUGGACACAAAGGACAUAGAAGAGACCUCUUCUGAGGAAGAGCCAGAGGACGCCCAUGAUGAGCAGUGGAGGGUGCUGGCAUCUCUGAGGCAAAAUAGUACCUGGCUGAAGCAGUUCCGGCCCUCUCUGGAGGACGUCCUGGAGAAGAAACUGGAACACAUGGGAAUUAAGAGGGACACAAAGGGAAUCACAGCUCAGAUUCUCCAGUCUCUGGAGGCCUUACUGAGAACCCAGCGGCAGCAGACUGCCCGGCGCUUUUCUGAAUUUUUGAGUCUGAGGGAAAAGCUCAACCGGGAAGCCACCAGCAGAGUGAAGAAGAGAUGGGAAGGAGGGAGUGCAGUGUUUCGGCCACGUGGCCAGCCUCCAGUCAAAAGCCAGCAGAGCACACUGGCCACAGGGGAGGCCCUGCCAAGGACCAGGACUCGGAGUGUGGUGCUGCCAUCCAAGCCAACAGGGCCUUCUACAUCAACUCUUCAGAGCCACAGCAGCCAUGUCCCUGGCUUGACCCAGGUGUCUACUCCCAUUCCACGCCCCAGAGUGCAUGGACCCUCCAGCACCCCUGUUUCCCCCGGGCCUGGACUGAGCAGCAGCACUCCUCCUUUCAGUUCUGAAGAGGACCCAGAGGGAGACGUUAGUCUUGAUGCCCUAGCAGAAACACUGGUGCAGUCGAUGGUCAAAAACCUUGAGAAGCAGCUUGAAACUCCAGCAAAGAAGGCUGCUGGAGGAGUCAGUGUGUUCUUAAGGCCCAACAUUGCCCUGCAGAUGUCUUCCGUGCCAGGAAGGAAGCCUCAGCUUUCUGAAGAUGAGAGUGACUUGGAGAUCUCUUCCCUGGAAGAUCUCUCAAAGGACCUGGACCAGAAGGAGAAGCCAAAGCCCUUGUCCCGCUCAAAACUCCCAGAAAAGUUUGAUGCCGCUUCUUGGAGUUCUGGUCGACCCAGGGUUCCUGACUGGUGA